AUGUCAAAAAGUGAGCCGAGGAGAGGAGGGACCAGGAAGAGAGCGAGUUGUCCUGACUACUUCGCAGAUACUGGCGACUGCUGUCCACCCCAAUCCACCUCCAAUCCGUCCAAGCCUAAUGUCCCUCACCCCGUAUCCGACCCUACGGGAUACGAGUAUAAAGGGAAGUUUGAGAGUGUUGGCGAUUAUGAAAAGGUCUACGUGACGGGUCCCAAUGAUGCCAAGCACGCUUUGGUCGUUAUAUAUGACAUCUUUGGAUUCUGGGAUACGACCAUAAGAGCUGAUAGAGGUAGAGCGAAGCUAGAUGAUCGUCUUCCUGAGGUUCUCAAUUUCGCCAAAGCUUUGAAGAAAGAUCAUGGGAUUAACAGAGUAUCGAUCCUUGGAUACUGCUGGGGUGGUAAACUUGCGCUUCUCUCGCUCACAUCUGGAACACCAUUCUGCUGUGGUGCUGUCAUUCAUCCCGCUAUGAUUGCACCUGAAGAUGGAGAGAACUUGACUGUUCCAUUUGGCUUUUACCCCAGUAUGGUGAGUCGAAUUGAGAAGAUAGAAGAAGCUAUCAAGUCUAAACCGUUUGCUAGCAAAUCGGAUUAUCACUUGUAUGAUACCGUUCAUCAUGGUUGGGCAGCUGCUCGAGCUGAUCUCAAAAAUCCGGAGAACCUCAAGCAAUACGAGGAUGUGUACCAGAGAACUGCAGACUACUUUGCCAAAGUCAAGUGCUAA